UCAAGUAUUCGCAGUUUUAAUAAUAGUGAGAUGCAAGGUAGCGGAUACGAAGAGGACAAGCGUAUUUCACUAACACUACACAAGUUGAAAAUGCGGUGGAUAUAUGUUGUUACAGGUGUUGGAGUAUACGCCUGGGUCCAUUUCUGUUUAGCAGUAAGUAUGGAUAUAUGCAAAGAAGGCUACGUGAGAGCACCCAGCAUCACUCUGACGAUAAAUUUGACUUCAUUCACCAAUUGUUGUUGUCAUCUUGAAUUUCGAAGAAAUCAGACAGUGUGGAGAAAUAUGACUGUGGGCUGUGGAAUAAAGCUUGUACAUAAUGCAUCAUUCCUUGACAAAAACUGUACAAGUAGAGGCACCAUUUCUCAGCAAGUCAAACUGGGUGAAACUGCUCUAGAUCUGUGUGUUGUUCGGGAAGAUGGCCAUAUCCAGAAUGAGGCACGUAAUGGCGAGCUUAUAUUGACAACAACAAUGCAAGAUAUAGGCAUGAACUGCAGUGGGCCUACAACAAUGGAUGCAAGCACUUAUUCCACUCAGCCAGAUCGGACCGAGAUAGACACAACUACAGAAAAGUCGCCAGGAAACAAAGUGACAUUGUGGAUUAUCAUACCAUGUGUCGUUGGAGGAGGUGUGCUUGUCACCAUUACUGUAUGCACUUUGUGUGUGUACAAAAGACGGAGACGCAGGAAUAAGCAAGCGCAUAUUCACCAAGGCUGUGCAGACACCGGUACACCAACGGAUGACGAUGAUCUAGUUAGGUCAGACAACUCUCUGUACGGCGAUAUUCACGUCGCAUCAAGUGUUCCCGACAACGCAACGAAUAUCCAGCCUAAAAAUCAUGGGGUAACAGGAAACGUAACAACAUCAACUACAGACCCGGAAUGUGAUGACUUGUAUGCUAAAGUGAACAAGACGAAACCUAUGUCGUAAAAAAGCGAAACGGAGUUGACACAGUGGUACCCGAGUUUCUGUUUCCUUUAGGAAACAUGUGCCUUUUAAUCAUAUAGAUUUGAAUAAAAUCCGCUUAAGAAGAGAUAAACUUGGAGAUCCCAAAGUUAUGUAGGCCCUAUACCUGGAUAAUGUUGUGAUACCCACGAACAAUUAACUUGCAAUUAAAGUCUGAAAAUUACUGAA